AUGCUCGUGGUAAAUCGUCUUCCGCUGAUCUUGACUCGCUAUCUUCUGCGCCUCACGAGCGACGUGCUUCACGAAUUCCACGCAACACGCGUUGACCAUAUCGCGAGACUCGUUGGCGAUUCGCAUCUCUGGAACGACUUCUUUGAUGAUUUGAUUGAUUCCUUUCUGAGGGAGUCCGAUCUCAUUGUCCUCGUCCAUACUUGUAGAAGGAAUCUGGAAAUGGUGUUGCUUCAUGAACUGCGCCAACAUAUCAUUCUUCUUCUUCUCAUCCGACGUCGGCAGUCCCAUCUCCUUCUGCCUCUGAUCAUACAUCAUUUUCUCGACCAUCGCACGCGUCUCUCCAUCCAAAUCGCUCAACUUCGAGUUCUCCGGCUUCACUUCUUUCGUGUUGAUUGGCGGAUCCGAGUCGAGGAAUCGAUUCCACCACUCCAUAUCGUUGAUCUUCUCCAGUGUGAGCACAAUCGCCUUUCCGUUCUCGAUAACCCAAUUGCAGUUCUCCACUUUAAUGGGGUUCGGGAGUUUGCCAUCGACAACGGGCGGUUGGUUCUUGAGACCGACGGUGACGCUGGUCUUCUCGAUUUUGACGACGACAUCGCGGGAUUUGAUAGCGAAACCGGCGUUUAUUGGGAUGCGAACCUCCAACUCCUGAAGUGUCUGAGUCCAUUGGUACAUGGCGAGAUCGGCUCCAUUUCCACUGUUCGGUUUGAUAAGGUUACUGUCUUCCUCCUCUCCGUCUUCUUUCACUUUCUUUUCAGAGGUAGAUUCGACGGCGGUCUUUUUCGCUUGUUCCUUCUCGAAUUCCGCCGCUUCUUCAUCAGUAAUCUCCACAACUUUCGCCGCAUUACGGAACUCUUCCUCUUCCUUGGCUUUCUGAGCCGCACGCUUCUCCGCUAG